AUGGUACGCUCCAGGAGUUCGAGCAGCAGCUCGUCAAGCUCGAGUUCAAGCGACAGCAGCAGAGGAAGCAAGGAUGGCAAGAAGACUCGUUGGUGGAAACGCGUUACUGGCAACCAAUCUUCCUCUGGUUCCUCCUCGAGUGCUGGUCGUGCCGCACGCAACGCUCUUUUACUAGGGAUGGUCCAGCAACUUCUGCCUUCGGGAAACAAUGCUCCAGCUUCUAGCAGCAACCAACCAACUUCGACUGGUGCGACAGAAACUUCCCCUUUACUUCGUCCAUUCAGGUCCAGGAGCAGCAGCAGCAGGAACAGCAGCCACCACCAGGUUCCAGAGCAACAACACUCUUCUUGCGAUUCCAAUCCUCGAAUUCGAGCUGUCGUUUGGGGAUGGCUCACCGUUCUAUUCGCUGUUGCUUUGGUGCUUUUGCUGCUCUUCGAAGACUUUCAUGAUUUUAUUGGCCCCUGGUUCGGCGCUAUCCCAAAGGAUCCUGCCCUGGCUGCCUUGGUUAUCCUUGAUAACGCACCAGUCAUUGAUGGGCACAUUGACCUUCCUAUCGCUGUCCGAGGACGCUUUGCCAACAAUCUGACGGCAGUGGACAUGGAGUCGACCUUGCCUGGCCAUGUCGAUAUCCCAAGACUUCGUGUUGGCAAAGUCGGAGGUUUCUUCUGGUCUGCCUAUGUCCCGUGUCCACCGAACGGAGUUGAUGAUCCAGACUUUCUGAACGCCUCCUGGAGAGUCAGAGACACAUUGGAACAGAUUGACGUCGCAAAGGGUUUGAUAGCGAAGUACCCUCGUACAUUCCAACUCGCGCUUUCGGCCAGUGACGUCGAACACGCCAUCAUUGGCAAGAAGAUCGCAGGCCUCAUUGGUGUGGAGGGCGCGCAUCAAUUGGGGAAUUCCCUCUCCAUUCUGCGACAGUAUCAUGCCUUAGGGGUGCGAUACCUCACAUUGACCCACACCUGCCACAACGCAUUUGCGGACUCGUGCGGGUUCCUUCCUGGUAUCAUUCCUCUUCAUCACGGUUUGAGUCCUUUCGGCGUUGCGCUGAUUGAAGAAAUGAACCGACUGGGUGUUCUGCUCGACCUGUCCCACACCUCCGAUGAAACGGCGAAGCAGGCUUUGAGAUUGACCAAAGCGCCAGUUAUCUGGUCUCAUUCCUCUGCUCGUGCGGUUCACGACGUCCCCCGAAACGUUCCUGACGAUGUUCUCGAACUAGUCGGUCUGGAAGAAGGAAAGACUGAUGGUGUUGUGAUGGUCAAUUUUGCACCCUAUUUCAUUGCCAAUCCGGGACAAGCGGACGUUGACGCUGUGGCGAAUCACAUUGAACACAUUGCAACCGUUGCUGGCAAGUUGCAUGUGGGCAUCGGUAGCGAUUUCGAUGGCAUUGGUGACGUUCCAGUGGGACUGGAAGACGUUUCCAAGUACCCAGCUUUGAUCGCUGAACUGUACGAGCGAGGCUGGAACAAGUUUGAGCUCGCUGGUUUGACUGGCGGAAACUUCCUCCGUGUUCUCAAGAAGGCAGAGAACACGGCACGCGAACUUCAAGCAGCAGGAACCUUGCCCAAAUAUGACCUUUAUGACAAGCGGACGGACAUCCCUGUUGCGAGAGGUACUGACGAGUUGUGAAACCUCAAAUACCGCUUCUUAUCGCUCCGAGGUACUGCUUCAUCAUUCUCUGGCCCAUUUAAUAACACUACAUUACCCUAUUC